CCUUUCAAACGCAUGGACUGAAUCCUGCCACGGUCUCCUGCAAACAGUUAAAUUAUAGUGAAAUUUGUCAUUGGUGAGUGAAGUGCUUUAAUUGGAGUGAAGAUGGAACCCAAGGAAUCAUUUUGGAAAGAACAGUUUUCCUCGUCGGUCCACUAAGGCCUCGGGUCAUGGGAAAACCUGACCCUCACUCGAAAAACAAUCGUCUUCCAAGUGCCAAAACCAAAGAGAAGUUUUUAACUGAUAACUACAUCAGGGAGAAGAAGAAGCGUGAACACUUUUACAAUACCACAGCCUAUGAGAAUAGAUGCAAGCAAGAUCCGUCUCACGAUUACCUAAGGAAUAAUCUGCAUAUAAAAUUUUGUGUUUGCGGUAGUCGCGAAGUUUCGACGUUUCCGAACAAGAAGGUCUCAUUUCGUAACUACACGCCGAAGAUUCUUAAUCAAGAAAUCAAUAUGGGUAUGUGGAUGUGAUGCACUUUCACUGGAAAUGUCUAUGCUAGCGACGAUUGGGCAAGUGGCUCAUUUCGCUGUGGGCCUCACGGGAAAUCCGUUAACUAUUAUAGGGCUGGUUCCGAUUUUCGCUGCCGGACUAGCAUUUUUGAGAUAUGUGGCAGUCGACCCGGAAUCGCAUCCUGUCAAUGUUAGGCAUGUACGACGCGAAUACGACUUUAUUGUUGUCGGUGGGGGUUCAGCCGGUGCUGUGGUCGCCUCCCGCCUCUCAGAAAUCGCCAAUUGGACCGUCCUCCUUCUGGAAGCGGGUGGAGACGAAAAUGAAAUUUCCGAUAUUCCCGCCAUGAGCGGCUAUACCCAAAUGAGCGAGUUCGAUUGGAUGUAUCAGACAUCACCACCCGGAGACUCCCCAUACUGUUUGGCCAUGAUUGGUGACCGCUGCAACUGGCCCAGAGGAAAAGUACUCGGGGGUUCCAGUGUCCUCAACGCCAUGAUCUACAUCCGCGGUAACAAACACGAUUACGACCAAUGGGAGCGCCAGGGCAACCGUGGGUGGUCGUACCAAGACGUUUUGCCCUAUUUCCUCAAAUCAGAGGACAACAGAAACCCGUACUUAUCCAAAACGAAGUACCAUCAAACUGGCGGCUAUUUAACCGUACAAGAAUCGCCAUGGAGAACACCUCUUUCGAUCGCGUUCCUCCAAGCUGGGAAAGAGUUAGGUUAUGACAUCAGGGACUGCAAUGGCGAAAAGCAAACUGGUUUUAUGUUGUCCCAAGGCACCCUCAGAAGAGGAUCCCGGUGUUCGACGUCAAAAGCGUUUCUUCGACCAGUACGAAUGAGAAACAACUUACACGUAGCAAUGUACAGUCAGGCGACAAAAGUGAUGAUUAACCCCAAGACCAAAACAGCGUACGGGGUAAAGUUUGUAAGAAAUAACCACCCCCAAACGGUGAGAGCUCGUCGUGAGGUAAUUCUGUCAGCUGGAGCUAUCGGGAGCCCCCAUCUUCUCAUGCUUUCGGGCGUUGGGGAGAAAAACCAUCUACAAUCGUUCCAAAUCCCAGUUUUGAGCGAUCUAAAGGUGGGGUAUAAUCUUCAAGAUCACAUCGGUCUUGGAGGGUUGACGUUCAUAAUCGAUGAUCCCAUCACGUUCACGAAGAGCAGGUACCAGACUUUUGCCGUGGCUAUGGAGUACAUAGUAAACGAAAAAGGGCCUUUAACGUCACUUGGUGGAGUGGAAGGUCUCGCUUUCGUCAAUACGAAGUACGCACCCAAAAGUGGCGACUGGCCGGAUGUUCAGUUCCAUUUCGCACCUUCAAGUAUCAAUUCUGAUGGUGAACAAGUGAAGAAAAUCACUGGAUUAAGAGACUCUGUCUAUAAUACAAUUUAUAAACCUUUGCGCAAUGCUGAAACAUGGACUAUUCUUCCGCUUUUGCUCCGUCCAAAAAGCAGCGGUUGGAUUAAACUUAAAUCCAAAGAUCCAAGCGUUUACCCUGACAUAAACCCAAACUACUUUACUCAUCGUGAGGAUAUCCAGACUCUCACUGAAGGGAUAAGGAUAGCUUUGAAUGUUUCAAAUAGUCAAGCGUUCCAGAAGUUUAAUUCUAGACCUCAUCGAAUCCCUUUUCCCAAAUGUAGACAGUACGACUUUGAUACUGAUGACUAUUGGGAGUGCUCGCUUCGACAUUUCACGUUCACAAUUUAUCACCCAACUAGUACUUGUAAAAUGGGUCCUGUGGAAGAUCCAGACGCUGUGGUUGAUCCGAGAUUAAAAGUACACGGCAUUAAGAAUCUAAGGGUCAUUGAUGCCUCCAUCAUGCCCAAUAUUGUAAGUGGGAAUACAAAUGCUCCUACCAUUAUGAUUGGAGAAAAAGGGGCAGAUAUGAUUAAAGAGGAUUGGGGCAUAAAAAUAAGAUAAUGAUUAUUUAUUGAGUUUUACUAGUCAGUUAAGUGUGUAUAGUGUACAUAGGUGUAGAUUAGGCAAAGUUUUUAUAUAAUGAGUCCAAAUUGAUCAUGUUGUGCAAUUGAAUGUAUAUAAUUAAUGUGACCUAAGCAAUAAAGAAAUGA